UUCACAGCCCCAGGAGAUUUCACGGAGGAGAGUGGCUCUCUUACUGUUACUGAGGAUGGAAGUGUAGAGUGUGUCAGCAUAACUAUAGUCAAUGACAUUGAAGAUGAAGAAGAUAUGGAGUGCUUUGCCUUCUCUAUCUCGACUACUACCUCAGGCAGUGUUUCAUUGGAUAUCUCGCUGGCUACAAUAUGCAUCAUAGACAAUGAUGUUACUGAUGUUGCAAUUGGUCUGGAGCAAACAGUGUAUUCUGUGACCGAGAGUGACAGCUUUGCUCUAGUUUGUACAACUGUUUUGUCAGGCAGCAUUGCUGGAAGAACUCUUAGUAUUGGGUACCAAACAGCUGAGGACAGUGCUCUGGCUUCAGAUGACUACACAGCAGUCAGUGGAAACUUUGACAUGACAGACACCAACACAGUCCAGUGUAUUCCAAUAUCAAUCAUAUCAGACAGUGUCACUGAAACUGACGAGGAAUGCUUCACAUUCACCAUAUCAACCACUUCCACUGCUCCUGGCCUCACUCUCAGUCCUACCUCUGCUAGUGUCUGUAUCAAUGAAGUGGCAAGUGAGGCAGUUACUAUUGGAUUGCGGCAGUCUUACUACUCAACUGUGGAAGGCGAGGGACCAGUGGAGAUAUGUAUUUCUACCGUCUCUGGUGACUUUGAAGGCAGCAGCUUUAGUGUCAGCUAUUCCACAACAAGUGGCCAAGCUGAAGCUCCUAGUGACUAUGUGGCAGUUAGUGGGUCGGUUGAGAUAUCAGAGUCGCAGACUUCCCAGUGUGUCACAGUCUCUAUUGUGACUGAUUCGGUGGAGGAAGGGGAAGAGUGUUUCCUGGUCAGCUUUUCCUCCUCUUCCUCUGACUUCACCCUCCAGUCUCCCAGUGUGGCCGCUGUCUGCAUCAGAGACGCACCAUCGACAGCUGCAGUUGUUAUAGGACUACAGGAGUCCCAGUACACAGUGUUGUUUCAGACUUCUGAUUCUCAGUUUGCUUGUGUUGAGGUCCUAUCAGGAGACGUUGCUGGAAGAGAAAUCAUGAUAGACUUUUCCGUUGAAGACUCAGCUAACACACAGACUCAGAAUGGAACUCUGCUGUUCACUGAUGAUGCCACCAUACAAUGUGUGGCAGUGUCAGUCUCAUCUGUCAGUGCUGGCUCCACUGAUGAAUCUUGUCUCACUCUCACUCUCUCUCCUACCACCAAUGUCACUGGCCUCACCAUCAGUCCUGAUUUGGCCACUGUGUGUGUGGUUCCUAUUGAAGGUAAGUAGUCAAUCCAGGUAUAGAACCACUUAUCUCACAACUCCUUUCAUCUGUUAGACACACCUGUUACAAUCGGCCUGCAACACAGCUACUAUUCUACUGAGGAGGAUAGUGGGGUCCUUCAAGUGUGCGUAGAAAUCCAGUCAGGGGAACUGGAUGGAAGAACUGCAUCGUUAUCUUAUUCUACAGUUAAUGGAGCUGCAGCAGGUACUAACUUUUAAAAUAAAUAAUGUGACGAGCCUGAGUGGACUAGAGUAAGGCCGAGCCUGCAGCAGAAAUCAGUGAUAGAUUAUAUAGUUACGGAUAUGCAGUUGAUGAGGGAAUCCGGUGAUGUACAGGUUAAUAUAACUGAUAUUGGUGCCUCGGAUCAUUUUCUAGUGUGGCUGGAGUUGGGCCGGGUUACGAAGUGUUGUAAAAGGCAGAAGCGGACAAUAAGGAAGUGGCGUGUAGACAGAUUUUUGGAUGAGGGGGUUAGAACGAAGUAUAGGGAGGCCUUGAAAGCGGAGGUUGAAUCUUUUUCAGAGAGCAUCAGGGAGAAAGUGAGUGAGGGUAUUAGUGGAAGUGGGUUAGUCAGUGCAGUUGUAGAGGAGUGGGAGCAAGUUGUAAAAAAAGUGGCAAAGGCUGAGGUAGGAGAGAAGGUAGUAGUGUGUGGCAGGGCAGUCAGGUGGUGGGAUGACGAGAUUAAGCAUAAGAUAGAGCAGAGAAGGGAGGCUUACAAGAAAAUUCUUGAGGGUCAGGAUUAUCUAUGGGAGGAAUAUAGUAAACUGCGUAGGGAGGUGAAGAAUUUAGUUGUUCAGAAGAAGCUUGAGGUUUGGAACGAGGUAGUGGAAUGAGCAAAUUUAGAUUUUGAAGGUAAUAGGAAAGAAUUUUGGGCAUUGUUGGUAGAAGGACAAAGGGUAAGAGGAGGGGGAUUACAGCUUUGAGGAAUAGUGCUGGGGUGUCAGUGACCAGUACAAAGGGCAAGUUGGAGGUGUUAAAGAAGCAUUAUCAGCAGUUGGGCACUUGUAGUGUUGAUACAGCCUUUGAUGAUAGUUGGAAAGAGGAAGUGGAUAAGAAAGUGUGUGAGUUUCCAACAGAUUGUACGGAAAAUGUAUUGGAUAGGGAAAUAGAUUUGGAGGAGAUUGCAGUGUGUGUUAGAAAGUUGAAGAAUAAUAAGACUGGUGGUAGUGAUGGGCUUGUGGGGGAGCUUCUAAAGCAUGGUGGGUCAGGGUUGGUAGAGUUACUUAAACAGUU